AUGACGCGCUUCGCGAGCGAGGACGCGGAGGACGCGGAGGAUGCGGAGGACGCGGAUUGGUUCCUCACCGCGAUCGCGUCGUCGUCGUCCGCGCGCGCGGCGCCGACGGUGGACGACGCGCGGGCGAUCGCGCGGGCGGCGAGAGGGGCGACGCGGGCGAGCAAGGCGCUGGAGGCGCGCGCGCAGGGCGUCGUCGCGGCGGCGCUCGUGGCGAAACGUCGGGAGCGCGACGCGCGGUUCGAGCUGUGUGAGCGUCGUGAGCGCGAUCUGCGCUCGAUGCAGGAACGAAUACGCGCCGAUGUCGGACGGUUCGAGGCGUUCGUGCGAGAGAACGAGGUCAAGCGCGUAUCCGCGCUGCGGAGGGAGAGAGAAGAGGCGCGGGCGAACGAGCUCAGGGAUGAGCGAUUGCGUGAGAUGCGAUCGGAGUCUAAGUCUAGGGCGGAGGCGUCGCGUGCGCUGGACAAAGACGUCGAACGAGCGCGCGUGUUCGAGACGUUUCUCGCGCGUGUCGCUACGGCGGCGACGAACGGUGACGCGUUUGAGGACAUCGCCGACGUCCUCGGUCGGCACGACACGCUGAGACGGACGCGGGAUAGUCUUCGAGCGAGCGUAGACGAGUCGCACUCGCGCGUGGAGUGUACCCGCGCGGCGCAUGAACGAACGAUAAAACACAUGGAGGAAGAGCGUUUGAUGGCCACCGCGUCCAUCGCUCGACUGCGUCAACGCGACGAAGAUCUCCGGCGGGAGAACGGUCGACUACGACAGGAGAUGGCGUACAGAUCGCGGUCGACGGCGGACCGAACGCGCAUACUCGCAGAGGCGAAGAUGGCGGUGCGAAAUCUAGUUCGCCGGUGCGCAACAAACGACCCCGCGCCCGCGCAUGACAGACGCGAACUCGAUUUCGUCGAAGAGCGCGCUCGCGUGCUUCGGCAGAUCGCUGGAAGUAACGUGUGCGCCAGUGUCAAAUCGUAA